AUGGCGGAUGAAGACGAAAUUGACAUUCUUGGAGAUUUUUCGUUUAAUUCUUGUUUGGCCCAAAAUAAUCAGGGAAUCCCUUCCUGUUCAGAUAGGGAAGACACAGUACAUCCUCAAUGGCUGCUUGACUCAACUGCUACAAACUGGUAUGAUAACCAAAAUAAAAACAAUAAUAGGUCCAAAGAUGGACCUUUGCGUAAGUUGUCAGGAAAUAAUACAAGAAAGAUACAAUUUGUAGAAUCUGAAACUUCAUGGAGUCAAGAAGAAAGAGACAUUCUUAAAAAAGAAAUGGAAAAAUAUGGUCAAAACAGUCAUAAAAUAGCACAAUCACUGAAAACAAAGACUACAGCUGAAAUACAAGCAUUGAUUGAAGUUGAACAUGGAGUUAACCUGGAGACGCAAGCAAUAGGAGUAUUGAAACAUGAGGAAUUUGACAAUAUACCAGUUGUUGUACAAGAAGAAGUUAUUUUGGAUGAUAUAAUAACUAUCCAAGACUCUAUAGAUAUGGUUUCAACAGCACUUCCAACUAUACCUGUUACAAAGAAAUCACCCAAAAAGAAACAUUAUGUGAAAUCAUCAAAAAGCCUACUAAAACCUGAUAUUCUAGAUUUAAAAGAACCAAGUCUAGUUGCUAUAAAUCCAUCAGAAAUAUUCUAUGAUGAUGAUCUAAAUGUUGGUUCAACUGAAUCUAUUGGUACAGAAAUUGAUGCAGGUGAUGCUGUUUUACAAAAUUUAGCAAAGCAACAUAAAGAAAAGGUAAAAGGUGGAAAGAAAAUAGGUAAUCAUAGAAGGAAAGUUUCUAGGAAUUAUGAUAAAUCUAAAAGUAAGGACUUAUUGAAGUCACCACAAGGUAGACAAAGGAUUGAUUCUGGUGUACCUGAGGAUGAGAAGAGUCCUAAGAUGCAGAUUGUCUUAGGUUCGGGACAAGCUUUGCCUGUAUCGGAAGGUGAACAAGUUAUUAAAAUUGAGAAAAAGAAAGAUUCUGAUCCUGAGAGUGAUAUAGAGAUAGAUAUUGACAGUGACAAAGAAGAAAUAAAAGAACUAAACAGCAUCCAACAUACAAAUAAUUCAGCAGAAUGUGAAGAUAGAUUAAGACUAAUUAAAAAAGAAACACCAGCAGCUGUACCAAUAAGAAAGUUUGAACCAAUGCCAAAAAGGAGGAAGAGAUUUAAUUUGGAUGGUGGGGGAGGUUGUACAAUAAUGCACACAGCGGCGGGUGACAUGUACGAGGUUGCUCCGGAGCCGCGCCGCGAGCGCCCGCCUCGCAAACCUCCUAUACAUCUAAUGCGUUGUCGCGUUUACAAUGAUGACAAACCGGCGCCGUGCACUGUGUCGCUAAAUGUGUCAGCACUGAUCGCGAUGGAUGCGCACGCGCACACGUCACGCGGAGAAGUGAUGGGGCUGCUGGGGGGCGUGGUAUGUGCGGCCCCGCCCCCAGCCCCGCCCCCUGCCCCGCCCUCAGCCCCGCCCCGCCUGCUCAUCGCCGCCUACAGCCGCGCCGCCGCCGCCAACGCCCGCACACACUGCGACAUGGAUCCUGUGUCUCAGUCUAUGGCAGCGGAGGAGCUGCGUGGGCGUGGGCUGGAGGUGUGCGGUUGGCAUCACUCACAUCCCUCCUUCCCCUCCGCGCCCUCAGCACUAGACCUGCGCUCGCAGCGCGCCCUACAGGCGGCACUGGAGCGAGCCUCGCCCCACCCCCACACCCCCCACACACCCUUCCUCGCCCUCAUCACCUCGCAGCACUGGCCGCCAGGACGUGACGCCUCACAGUACACAUGUUUCCGUGUAGAAGAAGAUGGUGAUAGCAAAGAGGAAGACACUCCGGCAGGAUAUCAGCUGAGUGUGCGCGUGGAGGCGGACGUGUGCGCCGGCGACGUGCCGCGUGUACUGCGCGAGUUACACGCGUUGAGACAUGAGCAUACACGCGAUGAUCUCCUCGCUGUGGAUCUGACGAGAGAUGUUUGCCCUCACGCCGGUCUCACAUACUUAGAUAAGUUAAUAUCGAGUGUGUCACGACAUCUUCGCUCUGCGGGCUACAGCGACGAUGACGCGGUGACGACGCGGUUGUUGCGCGGCAUACGCGAGGUCUUCAGAUGACUUGAUGACUUGGAGUUGUAAAUUAUUAUCUGUGAUCAUAUUUAUAAGUACG